CCUGGCAGCGGGGAAAACAAAAAGGUCCGAAUAUUUUCGGAGUCGCCAAGUUUCAACAGCGACCCAUUCAACGGCCUGCACUCCGAGAGGGACGGCGCCAAGUGGAAACCACGAGUCCUGGUCCAACCAAAACUUGUUCAUGUGCGCUGUGCUGCCAUCGCCGCCGCCGCCGCCGCUUCCGCUGAUGCUGAGGAGGGUGAAUACUUCCUGAAGGUGCUGAUUCCCAGCUAUGCAGCCGGCUCUAUAAUUGGCAAGGGUGGCCAGACCAUUGUACAACUCCAGAAAGAGACGGGUGCCACCAUUAAACUGUCGAAAUCCAAAGAUUUCUACCCAGGAACAACAGAGCGCGUCUGUCUGAUACAGGGUACAGUCGAAGCCCUCAAUGGUGUCCACAAUUUCAUUGCUGAGAAAGUCCGUGAGAUGCCCCAGAGUGCUCAGAAGCCAGAACCGGUUAGCAUUCUGCAGCCACAGACCACAGUCAACCCUGACCGUAUCAAACAGGCCAAACUGAUUGUGCCCAACAGCACAGCUGGGCUGAUUAUUGGCAAAGGAGGAGCCACAGUCAAAGCAGUGAUGGAGCAGUCAGGGGCUUGGGUGCAGCUCUCCCAGAAGCCGGAGGGCAUCAACCUGCAGGAGCGAGUGGUAACAAUCAGUGGUGAGCCUGAACAGAACCGUAAGGCAGUGGAAAUCAUAGUACAAAAAAUCCAGGAGGACCCUCAAAGCAGCAGCUGCCUCAACAUCAGUUAUUCCAACGUCUCCGGCCCAGUUGCUAACUCCAACCCCACCGGAUCCCCCUAUGCCAACACGGCCGAGGUGCUGCCCAAUGCAGCCGCGGCAGCUGCCACUGCCUCCAGCCUUCUGGGCCAGGCCGGCUUGACAGGAAUGGGUGCCUUCCCCGCUACCAUGUCGAGCUUCUCUGGCAAUGACCUCCUGGCCAUCACGUCUGCCCUCAACACACUGGCCAGCUAUGGCUACAAUACCAACACCUUGGGCCUGGGCCUUAACCCUGCUGCAGCCUCGGGUGUCCUUGCUGCAGUAGCAGCUAGUGCUAACCCGGCGGCCGCCGCUGCAGCUAACCUCCUAGCCUCCUACGCUAGCGAUGCCUCCGGCAGCGCUGGCCACCCUGCGACAGGGCUUGGCGGUUUCUCCCUGGGUUCUCUCGCAGCUGCUACAGGUGCUUCCAAUGGUUACUUAAACACUUCAUCCCCACUGAUGGCCUCAUCGCUUUUAGCCACAGAGAAGCUUGCAGAUGGAGCCAAGGACGUGGUUGAAAUUGCUGUACCCGAAAAUCUGGUUGGUGCAAUUUUGGGAAAAGGAGGAAAAACACUGGUAGAGUACCAGGAGCUAACAGGAGCCCGUAUCCAGAUCUCCAAAAAGGGAGAAUUCAUUCCUGGUACUCGGAACCGUAAAGUCACCAUAACAGGGUCGCCAGCAGCUACGCAAGCAGCGCAGUAUCUGAUCAGCCAGCGGAUCACUUAUGAGCAGGGGGUGCGUGCUACCAACCCACAGAAAGUGGGUUAAAAGGAAAGAGAGGAAGCAAGGAAGGGAAGGAAAGGAAAGGAAAGGAAAGGAAAGCAAAGGAAAAGAUGAGGACAGAGCUGUAUGGGAAUUGUAGAAGGUCACAAUGAGAAAGAAAGAAAGAGCAAUGUCCAAAUAUUUGUUUAAUAUUUCAGAAUCAAAUGAGAGGAUCAAAAAAGGAGGAGGAGGGGGAGACACCGAAGACAAGUGUGUGUGAUAUUUGAAUGUGUUUUAGGACUGACGUGUCCUGAUGUUUUUUAAAAAGUUUGUGUCGAGUCCUUUCUGACGAUCGCGAUCAGAGUAAGCCGAACUGGUCCACUGCCAAGCUGCAGAUCCAAGGGUGAGGCCUAUAGUUUCACCUUUCCUCGAAAAACCUCAUUGCUGAUUUACUUUCUUUCAUUUUGGUUUUCAUUUUGGUUUCGACGGUGUUGGUGUCAGUUGCAGACCUCAGCUCCCGGUGAGUUGAGCAUGUCCAGUGAGGUUCGGGCCAACCAUCGGGGUUGUUUCACAAAUCUUUCUCUUUGUAUACAAUGCAGAAGGCACUGUUGUGGGGGGAGCCGUUUUGCAACAAGCACCUGAGGUCACCUCAGUUUACGGGAAGCAAAUGUUUUACUUCACACCUAUGUUGGCAUUUGUUGGAAUCGUAUAUUGUCAUUGAAAUUUCAAAAUUUGGGUAUUUUAUAUUUUUAUCCAUUAUUUAUUAAUGUAACCAGAUUCAAUUAUAAAUUGAUUAUUUAAACCUGCGGCUGCAGGUUGAUCUGAAUGUAAAAAAAAAAAAAAAAAAAAAAAAAAAAAAAUUUGCCUA